CGGAUAUGCACGCAAGCGCUCCGUGACUCACAACAGCCUUCCAAACCCUGUUCGCUUGACUUCCUUUUGCCGACAUAUGGAUGGCAAAAUACGACCGUAAGCAACUCUGUGGUGUCUGACAUCGCUUGGAAUACGACAAGCGACUUAAAGUUGACGUGGGAAUUUAAUAAGUUCCGGUGGAUUACCAUGUCCUGAGAUGGAAUAUACAGUUUCUUCGGGAGAAAUACAGAGGGGAGGGAGAUCCCGUGUCCCCCACCCCACUCCUCCACCAAAUCCGUCGCCUCCUUCUCCUCCUCUCCACCACCCGGUCCAUUCCUCCACCACCUGUUGGGCUUGCGAGCCAUAGAGAGAAAGAGAAAGAGAGGGGAAGAGAGAGAGAGGAAUCAUUUACCCUCCAACGCCAGCAACGAUGACGGACGCCGACACUAAGGUGGAAGGAGAAACCAAAACCGAAGAGGAAACCAAAACGGAGGAGAAACAAGAGGAAGAAAAGCCGGUGAAGGAGAUGAGAGCUGUCAUUCUAAAUGGUUUCGGCGGCCUCAAGUCAGUGAAGAUUGUCAAACGACCCGAACCAGUGCUAGCAGAUGGUGAGGUCCUCGUCCGAGUCCAGCUGUGUGGAGUCAGCUUCCAAGAUGUGAUGGUCAGGCAAGGGGUGACGGAGUCACCCCCGAAGACGCCCUUCAUCUUAGGAUUCGAAUGCGCUGGGGUGAUUGAAGCCGUGGCAGACGAUGUCGAGAACUUCAAGGUCGGGGACCGAGUUGUCGGCCUGCCCGACCACCGGGCAUGGGCAGAGUUGGUUCCUGUGAACGCCAAGUAUGUGUACCCUCUACCAGAAACAAUGCCGUUACAGGAAGCCGCUGCAGUCACCCUGAGCUAUACGGUGGCUUAUCUUCUAGUCCACGACCUUGCUAACGUAGCACCAGGCCACACGGUGCUCCUCCACUCGGCUGGCGGCGCUGUGGGCCAGGCUGUUUGUGCCCUUCUGCAAGAUAUCGGGAAAGUGACCGUCCUCGGGGUAGCUUCCAAGAACAAACACGAAGACAUCAAAGACUCGGUCACUCAUCUCAUAGAUCGAGGUGGCGACGUCCCUGGAGAAGUUAAGAAGGUUUGUCCGGAGGGAGUGGAUGUCGUCUUCGACUGCCAAGGAGGAGAGGAAUGCAACAAAGGAUACGCUCUGCUGAAGCCUCUAGGGAGAUAUAUCCUGUUCGGCUCAUCCAAUAUUAUAACUGGAGAGACGAAGAGCAUUUUAAAUGUGGUUAAAUCGUGGUGGCAGGUGGAUAAGGUCUCCCCUCUGAGGCUUUAUGAAGAUAAUAAAGGAAUUAUCGGCUUCAAUCUCCGCCGUCUUUUGCAUCACCAGCCGGGAGGUCACGAGCGCGUUCGCGAGGUGGUGCAGACGGUCUACAACCUCUGGCAGAAAGGCGUAGCAAAGGCUCGUAUCGAUUCGACGUUUGCCCUGGAGGACAUAACCGAAGCCAUGACGAAACUCCACGAACGCAAGAACGUGGGCAAACUGCUUCUGGACUUGUCCAUGGAGCCAAAACCCAAGCCAGUGACCCCAGCGAAAGGUAAGAAAGAAGAGAAGAAAGAGGACAAGGAAGAGAAAGAGGAGGAAGACAAGACGGUCAAAGAGAAUACCAAGAAUAACACGAAGAACGAAAAGGAAGAAGAAAGCAAGGCGGAAGAGAAGGAGAAAUAAUGAGGGAGGCAAAGGGAAUCCGAAGUCAGUGAAAAGGGCAGGGAAUUCAGCUCUCGGGAAAGUGUACUGUCAGAUAAAUGGAAUAAGCAAGUCCACACUUGCGGCUGAUUUUAAUCUCCUUUGGAUUGUUCAUGGCUGUAAUCUUUGAAACUAUUUUUUUUAAAGUAUUGCAUUUAUUCUUAACUAGCAAUAAGCUUUCACUUUCUUCGCUUUAGUGAAAAUAUAUUUAAAAGAAUUCCCGGAUUAUUCUACCAAGAACUGUACCCACCAUAUCAUAGCUCAGUGAUUCUGCAGAAAACAGUAAUGAAAUUCUGUCAAGAGUCUUCAUUUAACAAUAAUCACAAUAAUGCAUCAACUAAGAUGGUAAGGGAGUUAUCUGUAACUGUCAAUAGCAUCACCACCGUCAGAGCAUAUAGGAACAAACUCAUCUUAUAUAUAUUUAUAUAUAUAUAUAUAUAUAUAUAUAUAUAUAUAUAUAUAUAUAUAUAUGAAUAACUUGAUCACGAAGUAU